AUGCCUUCUGCAAGACUUUCCAGUGGCACGAAUGCCGCGGCUUGGAUCACUGCUCCCAAGGCCUCUCCGUUCGAGGUCAAGGAAGCUCCAUAUCCGUCUGCGGGCCCCAACGAAGUCAUUGUCGAGACUGCCGUUGUAGCCAUUAACCCUCUCGAAUUCAAAAUCCAAGAUACCAACCCUCCCAUCGGAGGCAGAGAGAUCCAAUACCCGACUAUCCUCGGCGCAGACUUGGCUGGAACCAUCGUCGCCGUGGGAGAUGCUGUCGCGGAUCGCAAAGUCGGCGAUAGAGUGAUUGCGAAUGCGAAUGGGGCCCAGACUGGCCGGCCGGCGAUGAGCGCAUUCCAGCAUUUCGUCAAGUUGGAGGAGGGUUCUACGACUCCUAUUCCGGACUUCAUCUCGUUCGAAGCCGCGAGUGUCCUUCCCCUGGCCUGCGAUACCGCUGCGGCGGGAUUGUUCGUGGACAAGCAGCUCGGUUUGUCGACGUCCAAGCUGGGAGAUGUCUCUGCUCAGCCUCCAGCGCCCGGCUCUGCAGUCCUUGUCUGGGGCGGCAGCUCGAGUGUUGGAUGCUGUGCGAUCCAGAUGGCUCACGCUGCGGGGUACGAGGUCUACACCACCGCGUCGAAGCGCAACCACCAGCUUUGCAGCUCGAUCGGUGCAGAGAAGGUGUUCGAUCACUCCGACCCACAGGUCGUCGAGGACAUCGUUAUAGCGCUGAAGGGCAAGAAGGUCAUCGGUGCACUGGACUGCAUCGUGGAUGCGGAGAAGACCAUUCCACCACUUGGACAGAUCCUGGCUCAGACAGAGGGUCAGAAGAAGAUUGCUGCUGUGCUGAACCCACCAGAUGUCCAGCUGCCCGAGGGUGUGCAGGCUCAGCGAUGUAGGUAUCAUCAAUCAGAUUUGCAUUGGGCGCAUGGCUAAACCUUCCGUAGUGAGCAUCCCAGCCCUUCGUCAGAGCAACACCUACGAUAUCAUCCACGCCUGGAUGCCCAAGGCUUUGGCCAACGGCACUCUGCAGCCCAAGCCUGACCCAUGGGUAAUUGGCGAGGGUCUUGAAUUCGUCCAGCAAGGCGUGGACACAGUGCGCAAGGGCGUCAGUGCUACAAAGAUUGUAGUCAAGUUGUGA